GUUUUCUUUCGAUGACGGAACCCAAUAUCAAAUAUAAUCAGGAUGUUGGGCACUUCAUGAUUUGAAAUUUUGAAGCCAACUUCUACCUACCUAUCUAAAUACAGACAAACGUUGAAUAUCAUGGCUGAACAGGCUUCGUCCGAGGGCGCAUCGUUGCCUGGUGACGAACAGGAUACUCCUGAUCAAUCUCAGAGUUCGGCCGCCCCAGAAAGAUCGCUUGUCGUUCACAAUCAGGCGCAGAACUCCGGGUUCAUCUCUAGGUUUCGCAACCAUUUGUUUGUCGCUGGAUUCGCGUUUCUGCUGAGCCCCUUUGCUUUCCUAUGGCCUAGUGAAUCACCAGUAGACCCCACGAAUUACGAGGAGCGGACUCGGAGAGUACUCAAGUCCACACCUUUGAUUGAUGGGCACAAUGACCUUCCCUGGCAGCUGCGUAUAGAACUACAUAAUCGUCUCUAUAGUGGCGAGCUAGACCUUACCAAGAAGCUCCUUGGACAUACGGAUAUCCAGAGAAUGAGAGCGGGGAUGAUGGGUGGUCAGUUUUGGAGUGUGUACACGGAAUGUGAUGCUCGGCAGCAGGACUUUGAAGAUCCUUCUUGGGCCGUGAGAGAAACCCUGGAACAAAUCGACGUGACCAGGAGAUUCAUCAAUGAACACCCCGAUCAUCUUCAGUACUGCGAUACCGCAGCUUGCGCCCGGAAAGCAUUCAGAUCUGGUCGAAUUGCCAGCAUGAUCGGAAUCGAAGGCAGCCACCAAAUUGGCGGCAGCAUCGCCAGCCUACGGCAGAUGUAUAAUCUUGGCGCACGGUAUCUCACCCUAACUCAUAACUGCGACACUUCGUUCGGAACCUCGGCUUUUACAGUAGUGACAUCCGGUGGAACAGAUGGUGGGUUGUUUAAACUGGGGUAUGAAGCCAUCAAGGAAAUGAAUCGGCUGGGUAUUAUGGUCGAUCUAGCGCAUGUGUCGCACCAGACGAUGAGAGACGUGCUGAGCGUGGCGCGGGCACCAGUCAUAUUUUCGCACUCAGGCGCAUAUGGUGUGACACCGCAUCUGCGGAACGUGCCGGAUGACGUACUUAGAACUGUCAAGCGGAACGGAGGUAUUGUUAUGGCGGUGUUCGUCAACCGCUUCCUAAACAUGGUCGAUCCAGGCCAGGCGACUAUACACGAUGUUGUAGACCACGUCUUUCACAUUGCAGAAGUCUGCGGUUGGGAUUGUGUCGGUGUUGGGAGCGACUUCUCUGGAACGCGUUGGACGCCGAUCGGAUUGGAGGAUGUUUCUAAAUUUCCAGAUCUCGUUCGGCUAUUGAUGGAACGUGGCGCUUCAGAUGACCAGAUCCGCUUGUUUGCAGGAGAGAACAUUCUACGCGUUUGGUCGAAUAUCGAGAAGGCGGCUCGUGAGAUCCAAGCCACAGGAGAAAAACCGGUUGAGGAAGAAUACGAUAAGAGAGUGUGGAAUAAGGGGCUUAGAGACUCGCCAUGGAUGCUGAGGGGUAGUAGGGAAAAGGCAAUUGUGGCCGGCACAGCGGAUAAGCCACAUAGCUAUGAGACCGUUGAGGGAAAACACGGACCGGUCAUGAAAGGGGUAUACUAAGUAAAGCAUCUCUCCUUAUAGGGAUAUGGUCGUUGUAAUUGGAAGCGGUGAUGAAGAAUGGAGAAUUUGCUUAGCGAUAUAUGAUAUCAGACAAGUUGGCCCUAUCUCCUAAUAUGUUCCAUCCUCCACGAUGUUACAGACCUUCUUGUGUGGAUUCAUCAUCUUUGAUGAAAUGAUGCCCAGGUGUAUAGGUAUAGAAUUGCCAGCGUUUUUAAAUGUCUUGGCUGCACU